AUACAUCAUGAGACGAGUUAGGUCCCUUACACACGCAUGCGCUUUUCUUCGCCCCGAAAUACCGCGGGAAAGAGUAGCAGUCAUUGUGCGUGUUUUCAGAACGUAUUUGAGUGAAAAGAAACAUGGGUAGAAAAUCAGCGAAAGGGAAAGAGAAGAAGUUGAGGAGAAAGGAGGAAAAUGCCAAAUUGGCUGUAUCCAUGCAGAAAGUUGAAACCGCAAAUAAACUUGGGGAUCCACUGGCUCCUUUUCCUGUUUUCACAAAGUAUGAAAGAAAUGGGUUGAGUGUAAAAAUUGAGUGCAAAAAAGUGACAGAUUUGGACGAAGAGACAAUAGAAUGGAUCUUCCAGUUGACCAGAGAUAACAUGAAGUCAUUAUACGAAUCUUGUGAAUGGGGCUGGAAAGAUAGGGAAAAGAAGGAGGAGCUGACAGAAGACAAGGCUUGGUAUUUGUUAGCCCGAGACCAGGAGAAUAAACCAGUUGCGUUUGUCCACUUCCGAUUCGACAUUGAGUGUGAUGACGAAGUGUUGUACUUAUAUGAAAUCCAGUUGAUAAAGGAUGUUCGCAAGAAGGGCUUGGGUAAAUUCCUAACACAGAUCAUCGAAUUAAUGGCAAACAAGUAUGAAAUGAGGAAAGUGAUGCUGACUACUUUCAAACACAACUUGGAAGGAUACAACUUCUUCACAAGCAAACUGAAAUAUGAGGUAGACGAGACUUCACCCGAGGAUCCUGUGUUUUACGAGAGCUACUGUUACAUAAUUCUCAGCAAGUAUACAAAACUUGGCAAACUUUUAAAAGACAAGGAGGAGAAAGAAGAGGAAUAUAAAAUGGCAGCUAACGGUAGCUCUGGAGACGUACACCGAAAUGGAAUCACAACUUGAUGUACUGGUGCAGUGACUUAGCGAACAUUUCAUCCUCAGAACCAUGUCAAUAAACCUUCAUGAAACAACUGAAAUGGCAUUGAAAUGUUGGUGUUCUGAAGUUUCUUUUAAAAAAGAAUGACAUUUUCAUAUCCUCAGCUGAUCAUAUAAUUUAAGAUUUAAUUUUUUAAAACAUUUUACCAGUAAUUUUAUGUUUCUGUGUAUCUACAGAAGACUUCUGUUUUUGAUAGCAUGGGAACAACUGUGUUUUGAUUUGGAGGUAUAGUACAAGGGUGCUAGCUACGUCCCUGACUAACUCAAGCCAUUUCUUAUCAUGUUUCAGUAUCAUGGAAUAUUUUGUGUAAAUAUAUUUACAUAGGCAUUGGUUACCUGUUUAAGGCUUCCUUAGAAACAUUGGUUUAUAAAGUGUCAUUAGGCAUUUUCAUGAAACAGAGACUUUGAAAUGUACCAGCAGUAGAAUGGAGGCUGAUGAUAACUGAAACACUUGUCAUGAUAAUGUUUCACAUUAUGCAGAAUACAUGUUUUGUAGUCCAUGCUUCUUCUUCUGAUCAGAUGUGGUCGUGAUUGAACAUAAAUGAUUUUGUUUGCUAAGUUUAAGAAUGUAAUUUUGUAUAUUUUAUUAUUGAAGAAUGUAAUAAGCUUUUGUUAUGAAAAAGUAGGCAGCAAAAUUUAUGAUUUAGUAAUUCAGUGAUGGAUUGAUUAGAUAAUAUGCAUUUCUUGUUGUUUAAUUUUGACAGCUUUUUGGUUUUGCCAAAAAUAUUUCAGGAAGAAUUAAGAAAACUACACAGACCAAGUCAUGAUACACUUGGCAUCAGCCAUGUUCUUUUGUAUUUUGAAAAAAUAAAAUUGGAAUAUUUUUCUAUGAUGACAA